AUAAAUAAGAGAAUCGAAGUCUCUGGUUCCAUUGUAGUAGAACCUCGACGCAUUAAGCUCAGCAAUCGCAGCAGGGUUUAACCUUCUCAGGGUCAGAACCCACCGAUUCACCAUGGCCGACGAAGACUAUGAUGAUGUUGACAUGGGGUACGAGGAUGAGCCUGUAGAACCUGAGAUUGAGGAAGGGGCAGAGGAGGAUUUGGAGAACAAGAAUGAGGAGGAAGAAAAUGGAGAGCCUCUUGAGACUGAGGAAAAGGAAGAGGCACAACCAGUGCAGAGGCCUCGAAAGACGUCCAAGUAUAUGACCAAGUAUGAGAGAGCUAGAAUUUUGGGUACCCGUGCUCUUCAAAUCAGCAUGAAUGCACCGGUCAUGGUUGAGUUGGCGGGGGAAACUGACCCACUUGAGAUUGCCAUGAAGGAGCUUCGAGAGCGGAAAAUACCCUUUACCAUCCGUCGCUACUUGCCUGAUGGAAGUUAUGAGGAUUGGGGAGUUGAUGAGCUUAUUGUGGAAGACUCGUGGAAGAGGCAAGUGGGCGGUGAUUGAUGGUUUGAACUGAUAGGUGUGGAUAGGAGUUAAGGGACACUUAAUAUUUCUCUUUAAAUGUAUCUGAGUUGUCUGAAGUUGAGACUGAUCUAUGGUCCUACCAAAAAGCUUGUAGCGUUUUAAUUUUAUCAGCUAUUAGGGCACACUGCAAUAUGAACAUGUAAUUUGUCUUUGGUUUCCAUGGAGCUUGUCAUGUGGUCUUCUGCAUCAUACAAUGGUACUAAUUACUAAACCUACAAUCCUAAAUGAUGAGCUUUGGUGAAA